UAAGUCCAUAAAUUGUAUAUUUAGUAAGUGUGAUGUUAGAAAGCAGAGAGUAGGCAUAAAUUUUAUUGAUUUUGCUAAAAAAAUAUAAAAGAUGUGAAGUUAUAUCCCAUUUAUCAAAUAUUGAUGCUGAAGUAUUUCAUGCCAAAUUUGGGUUCUUAAAGAAACUGAACUUUUCCAUUAAAAGUAAUAAUUGAUAAAUUGACUUAAUGAGAAAGACUUUAAAAAUAAAAAAUAAAAUAAAAAAGAAAGAAGUGAAGAUGAACAUUUCAACUCAACAUGGAAACAACAACACAGUGGAAAAAUAAAGAAAAUUGGGGUAAUGAAGCCCACAAGUAAUACGAUGCUGUUAUAACUGAAUCAAGUCCAUUAUAUCUGAGCAUCUCAGCCCACGAAUUCUAUACUCGUGCUCUGUUUUGUAUCUUUUUUAUCAAUCAAAUAUCUCUCUCUCUCUCUCUUCAGUCUUUAACUGCUCCAAGAUUCAGUCUGUAAUUUCCAGUAGAAUCAUUUCAGAAAUAGAGAUAACCAUAAAGAAGGAAACAAGAUUUCAAUUUUUGAUCAUUUCUCAAUAGAUUGUGGAUCGAUAUUGGAUUGGUUUUUCUCUGGUGCUUUCAUGUCUUGUUCAAGUUUUAGAUGCCAAUGUCGGUGAUGCCGAUCCAGUCUACAGAGCAAAGCUUAGACUUUGAAAGAGAAGUGAGUUAAGGGUGGUUUCAAGGGUGAGUGCAAAUGGCAGGCAACAACAAUGUUUCUAAUUCUCAAAAUAUUCUUGUUCUUAACAGCACCAAUUACCAAUUUUAGUCUGUUAAAAUGAGAACUUUGUUCAAGUCACAAGAUUUGUGGGACUUAGUAGUUUCUGGAUUUGAAGAUCCGGAUGAGUGUGAGGAUGCCCCGAGAUUGUCAGCAGCUCAAAGGAAUGAAUUAAAAGACAAACAGAAAAAGGAUGCUAAAGCCCUAUUCUUGAUUCAGCAAGGCGUAGAUGAUACUCUGUUUCCAAAAGUGAUGGGAGCUAUCACUUCGAAGGAAGGAUGGGAUUUGCUGCAAGAGCAUUUCCAAGGAUCGAGCAAGUAGUCAAGCUGCAAACUCUUCGUCGAAAUUUUAAGAAUUUACAGAUGAAAGCUACAGACUCUAUACAAGAGUUUUCUAUGAACGUUGCUGCACUUGUGAAUCAAAUGCGCUCAUUUGGGGAAGACUUACCUGAUCAAAAGAUUGUUGAAAAGGUUAUACGGAGUCUCCCUCCUAAAUUUGAUCAUGUUGUUGCUGCUAUUGAAGAGUCCAAGGAUUUUUCAGACUAGUCAUUAGUUGAGCUAAUGAGUUCACUUGAAUCUCAUGAAUGGGUUCAAGAGAUCAAAUGGGUCAACUACUGAGCAAGCCUUUUAGUCAAAGGUUCAACUGAUUUCUUGAGUGUUCGAGUUUAUUUAUGGCAUGAAAUAACCCGAAGCAUGGGUCUAGCUUAUUGAUACUUUUCAGAAAAAUCCACUUGAAUGCAUUUGAUUUUAUGUUUACCGACAAAAACCCGUACUCGAAAAACAAAAAAUACAAAAAAUAUAUAUAUAUUAUGUUUUCAAGUACGGGUUUUUCUAGUCCAAAUGUAUCUUGCCCUUACCACGAAUUCUUUUCCUUGGUUAACAAUAUUUGUAGUUUUACCGAUAUCUGCGGGUUCCUUAAUUUUCUUUUUCCCCCAUAGAGGAAAUAAGGUAAUUAGGUGGUAUACUUUGUUUAUAUGUAUUUUAGAACUCCUUUUAAUGACUUAUGCGUUCUCUUAUUAUUUCCAAUUGGACGACCCAUUAAUCCAAUUAAUGUGAAAAAUAAAAGUGAAGGUUCAGGAAGAGGUGGAUAUCACAACAAGCGAGGUUCUGGAUGAGGAAGUUCAGGUGGUGGAAGAGGUCGGAGCAGGUACAAUGGCCAAGAGAGAAACCAGGGAAAUCAUGGUAGCUCUUAUCCUACAUGUUCUCAUUGUGGUAAAGCUAACCACUCUGAGAAAAAUUGUUGGAAUAAAAAUUAAAAUGUCCCUGAGAAAGAUGAGGUUCAGUGUUACAGAUGUAAGAAAUAUGGCCAUAUAGCAAGGAAUUGUGAGGAGAAAGAACAAGCAAACUUCCAUGAAGAGUUAGACACUUCAGAUAGCUUAUUUGUUGCCUAUUUAGCUGCUGGCCUUACUAUGCCUUUAGAAGUUUGGUAUUUAGAUAGCGGUUGCAGCAAUCACAUGACAGGAAACAAGGAUUAUUUCGUGGAGAUUGACAACACUGUGAACUCAAGCGUGACCUUCAACAAAUAGGUUCAGGUGCUUGGAUUAGGCAUAAUUGCAGUGAGUUGCAAAACUGGUAGGAAACUCAUUCAUGAUGUCAUGUAUGUCCCAGGUAUUGCUCAUAAUUUGUUGAGUUUGGGUCAGUUACUGAAGAGAGGUUAUUAUGCCAUGUUUGACAAUGGUUAAUGUCUAAUAUAUAGUAAAAAUGGCAAGAUAUUAGAGUAUUCAGUAAAAAUGUCAGAAAAUAAAAUGUUUCCCAUCAUGUUUUCGCAACUUGACCAUAAAGCUUUUAAGGCUUCAAAUGAAGAUGAUUUAGUACUUUGGCAUAAAAGAUUUGCCCAUAUGAGUUAUGAUAGGUUACGUUUGCUGCACAAGAAAAUUUUUGUGACAGGAAUGCUUGAGGUACAGUUCAUUGACAACAAAUGUGAGCCUUGCAUAUUCGGGAAACACCAUCGUGAUAAAUUUCUAGUGGGAAAAGCUUGGAGAGCAACUAAACCAUUAAUGUUGGUUCAUGCAGACAUUUGUGGGCCAAUGCAAACAAUAUCGCUGAAUGGUAGUAAGUACUUCUUGCUUUUUGUAGAUGACUACUCAAGGAUGAGUUGGAUAUUUUUCUUAAAAGAAAAAUUUGAAGCUUUGAAUUGUUUUAAGCAAUUUAAAGCUGCUGCAGAGAAGGAAUCGAGAAACUCAGUCAUAAGGUUACGAACUGACCAUGGGGGUGAAUUCACAUCCCAAGAAUUUGAGUUGUUUUGUCGUGAUUCAGGUAUACAAAGAUAGUUGACAGCUAGCUAUACACCCCAGCAGAACGGUGUAGUAGAGCGAAAGAAUCGGACCAUUGUAGAAUCUGCUAAAAGCAUGUUAAAAGACAAAAGUCUUCCCAUAAAUUUAUGGGCAGAGUCAGUGGCUGUUGCAGUUUAUGUGAUGAACCGAUCACCAACACAAGCACUUAAAGAAAAAACUCCAUAUGAAGCCCGGUUUGGCAGGAGGCCAAAUGUGAGCCACUUGAGAAUCUUCAAAUCCAUUGUUUUUUCACAUGUUCCGUCAGAACUAAGGAGAAAGCUUGAUGAGAAAAGUGUGAAAUGUAUUUUCAUCGGAUAUAGUGAGGUGACAAAAGGUUAUCGUUUGCUCAAUCCCAUCACUAACAAACUCAUUAUUAGUCGGGAUGUCAUUUUCAAAGAAAAUGAUACUUAGAGGUGGGAGGAAGAAAGUAUCAAACUUGACGCUACUUCAGAAGUUAAUCUUGAUGAUACUUCUGCUACUUCUUCAUUCAUUCCUCCCUCAGUGGAAGAUACGACUAACACGCCUCUAAGAAAGAUGAGAAGCUUAUCAGAAGUUUAUACCUCUACUGAUUUUGCUUAUUUAGCAGUAGAACCUACUUGUUUUGAAGAUGCAGUCGCUAAAGAAGAAUGGGUAGAAGUGAUGAAAGAGGAGAUGGGUGCUAUUGAAAAGAAUAACACUUGGAGUUUAGUAGAUCUACCGAAUGGGAAAGAUGCAAUUGGUCUCAAAUGGGUUUAUAAGUCAAAGUUUAAUGCAUAUGAUUCAUUGAAAAGAAACAAAGCACGACUGGUAGUGAAAGGUUAUGCCCAAAUUCCAGAUUUUCUCAAUGGUGAUCUAAUUGAAGAUGUGUAUGUACAUCAACCAGAAGGAUUUGUUGUGAAAGGGUCAGAACAAAAGGUUUAUAAGUUGCACAAAGCACUCUACGGGCUCAAACAAGCACCGCAAGCUUGGUAUAGCAAAAUCGAUUCAUAUUUUGCUAAAAGUGACUUUCAAAAGAGUGCUAAUGAACCUACUUUAUAUGUUAAGAAUUGUGGACAUGAUUUCUUGGUGGUAUGUUUUUAUGUGGAUGAUAUCAUUUAUACUGGAAAUUCACUUGAAUUGAUGAAAACUUUUAAGAUGUCCAUGAUGAAAGCAUUUGACAUGACUGAUUUGGGUUCAUUGCAUUAUUUUUUGGGUUUAGAAGUUGUGCAAAAUACAGGUGGAAUUUUUCUUAGUCAAAAGAAGUAUGUUAUAGAUCUUUUAAAAAGAUUUGGAAUGUUGAAUUGUAAAGCAUCCAAGACGCCUCUUAAUCUAAAUAACAAGCUGUCAUUAGAAGAUGGAGUUGAUAAAGCUGAUGUCAAACUUUUCAGAAGCAUGGUGGGAGGUCUGCUCUAUCUGACGCACACUCAGCCUGAUCUCAUGUUCGCAGUUAGUCUUGUGUCACGAUUUAUGCAUAAUCCAAGUAAACAUCAUCUUGGUGCAGCAAAGCAAAUUUUGAGAUAUGUACAAGGAACACUUGAUCUUGGAAUUCUUUUCUUAGCAUUUGUUUUGGAAUUGAUUAAUCUGCUUCUAUUUAUCAUGGUUGGGAUUUUCUACGUGCAUUGAAAAGGGUUCAGU